GUGAACGCAGCCAUGCGGUGUAGGAGAUGCUUGCAGCCGGCCAGCCGCAGCUCUGCAGCGGAACACAGACAACAAUGUGUAGGAAGGAAGCUGAACCUCUGAACAACAAGUGACUGAUCAUGGCCAGAGACGGUGCUCGGAACCGAGCAGCAGACCCUGAUCCCGGGGGCCUGACACCGGUAAAGAUGCCCUGCAGACAGAAACCAUCCGGAGGGGCAGGGGACGCGGAGGGGUCUCUGCGGGAGCUGCCUCGAUGGAUGCGGCUUUACUUCUACGGGAUGCACGGCGUGACUCUGGAUGUCCUGCUCUCGUCGCUGCAGGGGUUUUUAAACCACAGAGACCCCAAACUGGUGGGCUUCUCCUCCCCGUAUCUGUGCGUCAUGCAUUCACUGACCCACUUCGCGCUGGAGAAGAUCUUCUCACAGAAGAGGUGUUUCCGAGAUCGGCCUGUGGUCUUCCAUCUGGUUUUCUACCCCUCCAUCUACAUCGGGCUGCAGAUCCUCAUCGGGAACAUCAACACCCUGACGGAGCAGGUGAGGGUGGUGUCCGGCACGCAGCUGGUGGUGCAUUACAUCCUGGCUCUGUAUUUUGGACUGGUGUUCCACAGAGGGCUGUCAAAGCUGAGGUUGCACACCCCCUGCACCCCAGACCCUGCAUGCAAACCCAGCCUGGUGGACAGAGGUCAUGAUCCCCUUCAAGGUCUGCCAGGCUUUGUGCGUUUCCUGUUCUUUGGGAUGCACGGCUUUCUGGAUGAGGUGGUCUUCACCUCUGUUUUUAACCUGGUGGAGAAGUCUGACCGGACCCUGAGUGGCCACACGUCCCUGUGGUCCUUCCUGAUGUACGGCAGCUGCAGCUUCCUGGUGGAGAAGCUCUACUUCCACCUGCACUUCAGGAGAGGCUGGGGCCCGUGGCGGAGGCUCCCCUUCUACGUCUGCUUCAUCUACGCCUGGGAGUUCUCCUGGGGCCUGGUCCUCCGGCAGUUCGGAGCCUGCUCCUGGGACUACUCCCACUACCCCUACAACUUCAUGGGCCUCAUCACGCUGCUGUACCUGCCGGGCUGGGUUGGCAUCAGCCUGUAUCAGGACGUGCUCUCCAACGCCCUGCUGAGGGUCAAGUGCACCAAAGAUGUGACCGGUCUGAGCGAGGGCAAUGGAGAGGUCAACGGUCAACUGGAGAAAAAAAUACUGUAAAUGUGUAUUUUUUUAUGUUUAACUCAAGGGAAAGUCUUGCAGACAUUGGACUAACAGAGAUUAAUAAAGAAAAUAGGGACAUAGGUUUCAAUAUUAUUCGAUAUGUCUGGAUCCAAAACACAGGUCAAACACAACUAACCCUGAACUGCUCACCUAUCUGUUUACAUUCAGAUGACCUACUGCCAUUUUUAUCUGUCCGAUGUAAAAUAUAGUUGUAAUAUUAAUAUUUUAACAAUUUUCAGGACUUUGGUAGUGUGACUUUUCAGUGACAGACUUGCCAUCUUAUACAUAACAUGCAUUAUGGCAGGUCUAGUUUGAGUUUGAUAUGUCAUUUUAACAUUAGCAUGCUUUAACUGGUUUUCAUAUCUGCAUGCUAAAAGUAGAAAUAACAUCAGGAAGGUUUACAGAUUAAGACAUUAGAAAAGCCGUAAGACUCAUAAACAACACAAUUUGUUUUUAAUCUAAUACCUUUUUUCACUCAUCAUAUGACCCUGGAUUGCAUGGCAACUAUGAGAGUAUAUAAACCCAGCAGGCCUAAUAUAUGUAGCAUGGACACCUGUGGCUGAGAGGAUAAGAGGAGCGAUGAAGUGAGAUUUUAAUGUGAAUCUUUUAUAAACCAAACGUUACUCUGCUGCAGUGCCUUCCUGUGCAAACAGACUCAAACAAACAAGGCUUGGUGUCCAUGAGGCUCCACAUUUUUAUAUAAAAAGCACCGCAGUGUUUUCAAAAUUGUUAUUAUAGAAAUAUUCUAACCUUAAGCAUUAAACAAUUUCCCAAUUUGGGAUCAAUAAAGUACGAUCUAUCUAUCUAUCUAAUGAGGGUACAUUUGUUCCAUUAUCAAAACACACCAACAUAAUGCACAUUUAACUACAGCUGUUCUAUAUUCAACACAAACAAAUGCAUAUUCAAUCUAAAUUCUUUGUCAGUGUAACAUGAACUAAGUGUAGUGCAGACACAUUUUAAAUCAAGAAGUACUUUUUUUUUUGGUUAAAUAUUCCCUAAAUAAAGCAUAUUCUGACCUCCACAUAUGCUUUACAGUGGUUUUAUGCCUUAAGAAACUAUAAUCAGUACCUUGCACUGUGACUAAACAAAAUGUGGUAAAUCUUAGCAAACAUGUCUACUCUAUACAACUCCCUUUGUUGGGUAAGUAAACAUUAUUUGGAGUUUGCAUAGCGAGCACCUGAACCUGUUUUAUUCAGAUUUGUAUUAGUCAUUUAGAAAGACACUCCUUGAUCCUUUCUUUAACAUUCACACUGUUUUGUUACCAUUUUCUAAAAGUUUAGAUAAGCUCUUGAUUUGCCAGAUGCAAAAUGGGGUUCAGUAACCCUUGUAAAAUAAGGUAAUGAGUUUGUUUAUUAAAUAAUCAAAUUGCAUUUUGUAUGCAAAUAAUUGGAAGGGUAAUUGGUACACCAUACACUUUAUUUUAUUAAUAAAAAGGUGUUAACAUGUUUAAACGUCAGAAAUUAUAGAAAUAGCACUGAAGGUUAACAGCAUUUCAAUCAGGAGAGACGGUUUUGAUGUAAGAAUACAUUUUGCCAGGAAUACACAAAUGAAUGUAAUGCUGUUUUGGCGAUUAGGCCCCGUAGUGCAGGAGUAUCAUUCGGGAGGGGAAAACUCUGAUCCCCCCGGGGUCUAGACACUGGUGGUGGUGGAAUGGAUAGUUGGGUUCGGUCUGAAGGGGAGUGGCUUAGCUUGACCCUGGAUUCGGAGGGACAGGAGGUGAAAAAAGGGGUGGAGGAGGGUUGCGUUGAGUCACCUGAAAUGACAGCUGACAGAGGGGGGAGAGCAAAUUUAACAGGGUUAGCGGAGAGCUAUGAUAGGCUUGUGAGAAUAGAGCAAAGUGAUUGGUUAAGCUGGGGAGCGACGCCCCCGAUCACUUAUUGAGAGGAGAGAGAGUAGUAACGUAGCAUAGUAAAUGAAUGAGUAAAGAGGGUCUUCCUGGUUGAACUUGCGCUGAGCUCCAUUAGUUUGGCGUUAUAGUUUUUUUGUCCAACCUGGCAGCUAUAGAGGUUCUUAAACAUAUGCGUUCACUAAACCAGAGUGAAGGACUUUGUAGAUCUUUAAGAUUUUCAUGGCUAACGGACUUUAAUUAUACUUUACUUUGUGCUGUGUCACCCACCAAUUUAAAAAAAAGACCACAAUGUUUUUAGAAGAGUUGACUCGCAAUGGCAUAUAUUGUACGACUUUACAACUGAAUUAAAAAAAUCCUUUUGCACGACUGGCAUUCAUUCAUUCCUUUACUGUAAUGUUAGCAAAUAGCAUUUACGUUAUUCAACAGGGGUUUUAGUCUUUUUUGAACAGUCACUUUCAUAGGCAAGCAAUCUCAUUUUGAACAUAUUUGAGCUCAGGCAGGAAACAAGUACACAAACAACAUGAGAGGUAAUGUUGGCCUACGCCUGUAGAACACACAAGUCAUUUCCUGGUACACGCAAAAUGUAUUGUGUGUGUUAUCUUUCAUUACUGCUUCCUUGCUAAGAUAUGAAAAUGAAAGAAACCAAGACAAUUCAACAAAAAGGGAAGUUUUUCUGAUGACUCACUGUUGCAUCACACAAAGCCUGCAGUGGUUAAAAUAUGUUUGCAUUACCAAUUAUGUAUCAACCUCUCAUCUCUUUCUCAAAACCACCUUGGAGGUUAUCUUUUAACACAAGCAAACAAGUGAACCCAGACUCCCAGAGAACACCAUCAACACACCAAUGACGUACAGUAUCU